UGACCCCGCCCCUAGUAUCUGACUACGUCCCUCCCACGGUGCGACCCUGCCCCUAAGGCCUAACCCCACCUCCAUACCACAUUACGUUCCCUUUUUGUCCAGCUCAACCCCCACCACACACCCACAUUUUAAAACAACAGAAACCACUACAACACUUAAUGAACGGAUGAAAGCACUCAGCUGCAAUCGUGUUGAGGAUAAAAUUAUUUAUCGUUAUUCGGUUGUGACCUUUGCCCCCACCCACCGUUUUGGCGUGUUUCCGGCCAGUGCCGCGCCUGCGCAUUGCAGUCUGAAGAUGGCGGCGGUUUGGGGUCGCAUGUUUCGUCGGAGCCUGAGCGGUGUCAGGCAGCUGUCUGCAGCGGCCGCGUCCGAGGAGCACCAAGGGGCCCGUAUGUGGAAGAUCCUGUCUUUUGUUGUUGCUAUUCCUGGUGUAACUGUCUGUAUGUUGAACUGUUACCUGAAGGCACAGCAGCACAGCCAUGAGAGACAUGAGUUUGUUGCUUAUGAGCACCUCCGCAUCAGGACCAAACCAUUCCCUUGGGGUGAUGGGAAGCACACUCUCUUCCACAAUCCCCAUACCAAUCCUCUGCCCACUGGCUGGGAAGAUGCAGAGGAACACUGAAAGUUUGGAGCUGAGAAGACCGGCCUUGCGUUUAUGAACCAUUUCGUCAAGUCUAAAAAACAAAAAUCAUGUGAAUGUGUGCAUUAUUUUAAAAAGAAAAGACAAUUAUGUAAUGUGUUCACCUUUAAUAAGGUAACACCAUAAUAAAUAUACUGUGGAAAA